CUCGGGGCGGGAGCGCGCCUUCCCCGCGCAGCCUUCGGCUUCCCGCCGCCCUCUGGGAGGCCUUGGGAGGAGGAGGGCUCCUUCGCUCCUCCUCCUCCUCCUUUGUUGAUGUUUGACUUACAGUAGUUUUAAUUCCCAGCGCCUAAAAUGGAGACGGCGGCGGCGCUGCUGCCGGGGCCACGCGAGUCCCGUGGCUUCCUCCUCCUCUUGCUGCUGGUGUCCCUUGUCCACGCCGCCCCGGACUCCACGCAGGACUUCGCCCGGCCCCUCUGCCAGGAAAGCAUCAAGAUUAAAGUGAAUAUGUUGGGAGGCAAUGGGAAUAUUCAGGAAGAACAGGUUGUCCUUAAUAUCAGCUAUAUUAAUGAUCAAGUGUAUGUCAAUGACUUUCCUCUGAGGAGUGGUGUUUCCCGACUAAAGUGUCAGACUUUAAUAUUGAGGAGUGAAAACUCUGACUCCUUAUCAGACGAGCAGCAAUUGGGAAUCGUAAAUGUCCGCAUUAUGGUCCAUGAAUGGCCGAUGGCAUCCAGCUCCAACUUGCGGUUGAUCGUUGUUCAGGAGGAAGUGACUGAAAUUGAUGGAAUUCAGGUUCAGCAAGAUGAAGUGACUGAAAUAGACGUGUUGGUUAAAGAUGUACAAGUCCUUAGGCAUACAAAUUACACCGUUCCUCUGAAAGAAAGCAUGCUGUAUUCCAUCCCCAGAGACAACGAUGUCUUAUUUACACUUCCAAACAUAGCAGGAAAAGUCGAUAUUGAAAGCCCUCUACAAACAACCAGCCACUACCUUCUCAGGCAAGUAGAAACUACAAUAGAUGAAGAGACAGUGCCUGGAAAAUUGCCAGAGACUCCUUUGAGAGCAGAGCCCACAUCAUCCUACAAGGUAAUGUGCCAGUGGGUAGAAGACUUGAGGAAAGACCUAUGCAGAUUCUGGUUUAAGUUCUUUCCAGUGUUCUUUAACUUCAUGGGUGUCGUUUUGGUUGGAGUUGUAGGAGCGUCUUUAAUCCUAAAAGUCUUAAAGGUUUUGUGUCCUUCAUGUGAACCCAGGGAAAUUCUUCAUUAUGAUGUCACCAUUAUACCUGUCGUUGCAGUCAACUUACAUCCAGAAAUGCUCGAGAAGACAGAUCUUAUAGAGGAGAAAUGUAUUUAAAAACACAACUGUUGCAAUUGAAUGAGUUUGUUCACCUAAUAUAUGACACUUGAUUCUUAAUAUAUUGUGUACUUUCCCCUAUAUUAAGCCUAUGAACGAUCAAUACUUCAAGAUACUUAAGUAUGAGGCCCAAAAUAGUUCAUUAUAAUUCUUCGUUACAUCAGCCGUUCCUAGAAAAAAAACCCAGAAAAGAUAACUGACUUCAGUAAACUUUUAACUUCUGUGAAGUAGUUUCUCUAUUUCUUACACAGUUAAUUGUCCUUCCUGCACUGACUGCAUAACUUUGUCAUGCCAAUCCAAAUAAUCUCUGCUUGGAAAUAUCCAGAGAAAAAAGCAAUUACACAUAAAUGUGAUUUAAGACAACAGCCUUAAGCUCAACAGAGCAACAGAAAGAAAUUAGGUUCUAGUAACAAUGGAAUUUGAAAAAGUGUGGACAGGAUUAUGCACUUACGACAAAAAAGACAGCUAGUUUAGGCCUGCUAUCCUUAAGCGUGCCUUAUGAGAGAGAUCAACAGAGGAGCUUUCAUAUUGGUCUUAAAAUAAAUGAGUUAUUUGUGAAAUACUUGGUUAUUUUUCCCCAAAUGGCAAUCUGACUAUACAAGCACUUUAUUGGGACAUUCAUAAUAAGGCCUCUCAACAUUAAAUUCUUGUAAAUAUUUCUAAAACUGUGCUUCUUGAUGUUAUACAGUAUAAAUGUAUCUCAACUAGGAGCACAUUUUUUUUUUAAAAAAGACAUUGAUUUACUAGAAAGUUUUAUGUACAAAUUUGUACAUGCACAUCUUUACAAUAAACCCUUACCUGUUAAGACAAA